AUGUAUAAAGGACAAAACAGAGAUAAAGAGAAAAUGAUUCUUUCUUCAACUAUGAACAAUACAAUCUUAAGCUCUAUCAAAGUAGCUCCACAAAAUGAUAUCCUCGUGAAGCACCCAUCACUAAAGCUCGAUUUGCUCAGGUUCAUACGCGUGUGCAUAAAGACUGGUGGUUGCAGUGAGGACUGUUCAUAUUGUCCUCAGUCCUCUAGAUAUGACACUGGAGUUAAAGCCCAAAGACUCAUGUCCAAGGAUGCUGUCAUUGUUGCUGCAAAGAAGAGGGAGGUUUGCUGCACAUUGGGGAUAAUCGAGAAGCAACAAGCGUUAGAGCUAAAGAAGGCUGGCCUCACUGCUUAUAACCACAAUCUUGAUACUUCAAGAGACUACUACCCAAACGUCAUCACUAAUUGA